AAGCACUCAUUCACUGAGCAUCCCUUGGUAUUCCAUCGAGACUGAAGCACUCCAAGUGACGAAUCAAGCGUGGCCGGCCUACUACGAUUAACCGUGUUCUUGAACAGUAUACUUUCAACGCCGUGUUUGUGCGUUUCUAUCAUCUUCGAUCGAUCAUCAAAAACCGCGUAGAACAUUCGCACAGCCUACAUUAGGCCUGCUUUGAUCACAGGCUACUAUCUCUGACACACACCAUGUCUCUCACCACUAAUCAGUGUAGCUAGUGCGGAAAGGAUGAGCAAACUCUGCAGGGCAGCAAACAAGCAAUCUUGAAACAAGUAGCUCAACCACCAGCAGAUCUUUUUAGCAGAACACCAGAAGAAGAACACUCUCGCCUCGUUGAUGACGUAUUUCUCGGGUCGGGACACGCAACGAAACGACAAAACAGAAAAAGUAUUCAAAUCUCUUCGAGGCCUGAUAAGCCGCGUACCCGGAGCUAGUAGAGGUGUGUGCAAAUAGAACAUGCUUUCAGCUUUAUUGCUGUUUGGAAUUGCCUCUACAACAGCUCAGUGAGUGAGGCUGUGUGCUAAACAGAGGUAGAUGAGCUUCUUCAUUGUGAUCCAGUAGUUAUAGUGCACCAUUCUCUGUUGUUCUACUUCUUGAUCUUCUACCCGCGCGAAGCAAGCAUCAGGACGAUUCCCCGGAGAGAUAGUAGAUUAUCGAACUGCCGGUUGACGAGGAAAGGUCUCAAAUAGUGAACGUGCUUCCCGAAUCGUUUUUUUUCAAGUUUAAAAGAAAAGUGAAAUUUUGUGUGAUUAGCUGAAGCUGUAGAACAAGAGUUUCUGGGUUAGUAGUGGAUUGCAAUAUUUAUUGAGCACGGGACGCUGCUGAGAGGAUUAAUUCUGUUGAUGCUGAUAACCAACAGAACCAGAACCGGGGAGUCACGAUGGAUGAUAUCAACUGGAAUAAAAUUAUCUACAUUGAAGAUGAACAAAAGCUCAUCUACUUCGACCAGAAAACGUACAAACUGCCGGAGGCCAUCCUGAAUCUGUACUCGGACCGCGUCCGGCACCUGGACCUAAGCUACAACAAACUGUCCUCGUUCGAGUCGCUGGAACUGUUCACCAAACUGGAGGAACUGGUCCUGGAUAACAACUACCUCACCGAUGAUAUCAUAUUUCCGGCCCAGCUGGAUCGCAUCAAACUGCUGUCGCUGAACAACAACAAGUUCGAAAAUUUGGAUCUCCUGCUGACGAAGCUAUCUCUCUGCUUUCCGAACCUGGAAUAUCUGAGCCUGCUGGGGAAUCCUGCUUGUCCGUGCCAUCUGCUGAACCUCAAAUACUCCGAGUACGACUAUCUCAAAUAUAGGCUGUACAUCAUCCGUUACCUACCGCGCCUGCGGAUCCUGGACGCCCAGCGGGUCAAAAAGAUGGAACGUGACUUUGUCCGUAGCCAGCAGAGCCAGGAGUACGAAGAGGAGGAAAACGGCAGCCGGCACCACAAGGGCAACGCACUGCGCCACCUGUACGCGAGUCUGAGCACGGCCCUGGGGGUGCGACCGAAGGAUCCACCGGUGUACCACCCGCUGCCGGAGAGUAUCCGCGAGGCCGGCGACCAUCGGGGGGCGUACGGGAAGUGCCGCUACCGCUACAUCGGGGCACAAUCCGAGGGCAAUCGGUUCAUACUCAACACGGAUUUAUGAGUAGUUUUAAACGCUGUAUUUUUAUUUGUAGGAAUAUCGGUUUUUUAUACAUAUGGAUGGCUAACAAUAGUAAUAAAAAUUAAGUUUUUAGGAAUAGAUGGUUUGUAAAUGGGUGGCUCAUUUGGUUUGGUUUCCGAAGCCUUGC